UCACAUCAAUUUCCUGGAUGUUUGCAAAUCUUGGAAUCAUUUUCGAGGUUUCGGUGCCUGAGGGUCUUGCAUCCCCCCAUGCUCCAAAUGCAUUGCUAUAGUUUUCAUUCUCCACGGGCAGUUUGGGAGCUCAAGCCUUUGUGCUCAAUCGCAUCUAUUGUUCCCAGGCUAUGUCCUUCGGACAGAAACUCGCGAACAAAGCCCAGGCUGCUCGCAAGCGGCACUGCGAGCCGUGGGUCAAAGAGACGCUGAACGACUUCAUGGAAGGAUGCGAGUCUUCGGCAGAGGAUGGUUACAAUAUUCACCACAAAAUGUACGCAGAUGUUCCUAACCGUGCCCGGGAUGAGGCUGUAGCGCUCUUGGAGCAAAAGCUUGAUGAACUUGGCUUCACGAAUGCUGGUGCUAUGGCUUAUCCUGGGAAGAAAGUGGAGGUUUUUGCAGAAUGGAAUAUGCCGGCCGAAGCCCCUGGCAAGUCCAAAGCCACCCCUCAGGGCAUCAGGGGCAAGUGCCCCAUCUGCCAAGAGACUCGGCAUUUGGUGGCGCUUAUGCCAUGCGGCCACACGCUGUGCACACAGUGCCAUGCAUCGUCCCAACUUCGCCAGUGUCCCAUGUGCCGUGAGAGAUUAACUGGUGCAACUCGAGCACUCUUCAUGGACAUGAGCAGAUGCGGUUUCCUUCACUGCAGGCUCCGCAUGUUGCAGUUGAAGAGUGAGAGAUGCCCUUAGGACCUCCUUGGCAAUUUUUAGAUUUCAUUGGUUGAUCCCAUUUUUGCCAAAGCAAAGGCAGGUUGGGAUACCCAGUCAAUUCAUUGACGCGGCUUCCGAUAGCAGCUUAGACACAUAUGCCGCCAUAAACUGGCCUUCUGAUUGCACAACGGCUCUGGAGCCUUGACACAGUGCCAGCCGCGG